AUGGGGGAGAUUAGGAGGCAUUCUGUAGAUGUGCCCAUCACAAGAACGCUUGUGGCUCUUAGAAGGGUUCGGUCACUGAGAGAUCCAUGUACCAACUCAAUGAGCAAGUUUGCUUCUCUGCUUGAAAAUGUCAAAUGGGAAACUGGUUCCAACAAUGGGAUCUCACUGCAGUUCGUGAACAACGAUGCUUGUAAGGCUGAUGAUGGUUCUCUGGGUUUGAUCCCUUUCGGAUCAUACUCGAUUAUGGAGGAGCUAGAGAACGGUUGUGAUCUUCACAAGCUGAGCAGCAGGUUGCUAGACGUUGAAGGAGACGCUUCCUCGAGGAGUAGAAGAUCGUCGCCUAGUGAAAGAUCUUGCGGUGAUCUCUCGGUUAAAGGUAGAGACUUAGCUUGUAAUGUGCCUUCACUCAGUCAUGGUGAGAACGCAGCUUCAGGGGGAAGAUAUAGAAGCCAUUAUGCCACAAAGUUAGGUAGCUCGGUUGGUGAAUAUGGCAGCCGUGUAGGUAGUCCAAUGACCUCAACAAACUAUAGUUAUGGCGAUGAAGACGUUGAAUAUGCGAAUGAAUGUAACCGUGGCUGCGGAAUAACUUACUGCUGGUCAAGAACGCCGAGGUACAGAGGAUCAAACCAUUCAUCUGAUGUGGAAGAGUAUCCUUUACUCUCUGGAAAUGGCGAGAGUAACGUGGUGACACCGAGUCAUGAAACUGUGUCGAGAAGUCUGAGUCAGAAGUUUAGGCCUAAGUCUUUCGAUGAGUUGGUUGGACAAGAAGUUGUAGUGAAGUGUCUCUUGAGCACUAUUUUGAGAGGGAGGAUCACUUCUGUUUACCUCUUUCACGGUCCUCGUGGGACUGGUAAAACAUCAACGUCUAAGAUCUUUGCUGCUGCUUUAAACUGUCUUUCACAGGCUGCACAUAGUAGACCAUGUGGCUUGUGUAGUGAAUGCAAUUCAUGCUUCUCUGGAAGAAGCAUGGACGUGAAGGAGAUUGAUUCGGCUAAGCUAAACCGGUCUAGCUACCUGAGAUCUCUCAUCAAGAACGCGUCGCUUCCUCCGGUUUCAUCUAGAUUUAAGGUUUUUAUCAUCGAUGAGUGUCAGUUGUUAUGUCAAGAAACUUGGGGUACUCUGUUCAACAGUUUGGAUAACUUCUCUCAGCAUUCGGUUUUUAUACUGGUCACGUCAGAGCUGGAGAAGCUGCCACGUAACGUGCUCUCACGGUCUCAGAAGUAUCAUUUCUCUAAAGUAUGCGAUGCGGAUAUAUCGAGUAAGCUGGCAAAGAUUUGUAUGGAAGAAGGUAUUGAUUUUGAUCAGGGUGCUGUUGAUUUCAUUGCUUCUAAAUCUGAUGGUUCGCUUAGGGAUGCUGAGAUCAUGCUUGAUCAGUUGAGUCUUCUUGGCAAAAGAAUCACAACAUCUUUGGCCUACAAGCUUAUUGGGGUUGUGUCUGAUGAUGAAUUGCUUGAUCUGCUUGAUCUUGCCUUGUCUUCUGAUACUUCAAACACGGUUAUAAGGGCGAGGGAGCUUAUGAAAUCUAAAAUAGAUCCAAUGCAGCUUAUUUCCCAGCUAGCUAAUGUCAUUAUGGACAUCAUUGCUGGAAAAUCUCAAGAAAGUAGUUCUGCAACCAGACUUCGGUUUCUUACAAGGCAUACCUCUGAAGAAGAAAUGCAGAAAUUGAGUAAUGCACUGAAGAUACUAUCUGAUGCUGAGCAACACUUGAGAGCAUCCAAAAACCAGACAACCUGGCUCACUGUGGCACUUCUGCAACUUAGCAACACUGACUCAUCUUCUUUCGCAGCAAAUGAAAAUGGAUUGUCUAUAAGAAGCCAAAGAAGCAAAGACGGUGACCACUCCAGCACAUCAUCAGAUCGUCCUGGUGAUGUCCUCAAACCAGAAACGGAGGAGUGUCAAGAGAAAAACUGUGAAGAAACAGUUGAAACUAUGUGGAAAGCAGUAACAGCUUUGUGUUGUUCUGAUUCACUAAAGAGCUUUUUGUUGAGACGAGGGAGGUUGACUUCACUUACCGUUGACAAAGUUUCAGGUGUAGCAAUAGCUGAACUAGAAUUCUACACACCUCAACACGUAGCAAGAGCUGAGAAAUCAUGGAAAAUGAUUGCAGACUCGUUCCAAUCAGUGUUGGGAUGCAACGUUGAGAUCCGAAUGAAUCUUGUUAUCUCUUCUUGUUCUCCACAACCAAAGAGUGGUAAAGCAGCAGCGAGUCUUUUCUUUGGACUCUUCAGCUGUUCUCGCAGAAUGCUACACAAGUCCUACCUGACUACUACUGUAACCGACUCUGACUUCGCAUCUGAGAAGCUCGCAGUUACAAACUCUCUGAGAAGUUGCCAAGGAAAUGUCUUGAGGGCUCGAAGUGUUCGUUCUUCAGCCAAUGCAUCGUCGAGAAUGAGCAGUGCCAGUGAUCAAGGCGAUGUGAAUUCAGCUAUGUGUACUCCACACGACAUGCCUCCGGGUGACAAAAGGCCAGAAGAUGAUGAUGCUGAUGUGUUGUGUUGGAAGAGGACUCCACUUGGCAAGGGUUGGGGAGAGACACAGAACAGCAAGAGCUCAAGGCUUAUUGGCAGAGUCCUUCCAUGCACUGCAGCUAGUUAA